ACCCACACACCACCACACCAUAAUCAUCAUGCCCCCCAUCCCCAGCUUCUCCCGCCCCGGCCGCGGGCAACACUUCCAAGAAACCUACGGAUUCUCCGAAGCCUGCAUAGCCGGAGACCGCAUGGAAAUCGCCGGCCAGACGGGCAUGUCCCCCACCUCAACCACCAUCCCCCCGACCAUCGAAGAAGAAGUCGCCCAAGCCUUCACCAACAUCAACGAAGUCAUCCUCUACGCUCUCGAACAAGCGAGACCCGAUCUCCGCGCAUCCGUCACCCACGGCUGGGACCGCGUCGUGAAAAUCCGCACCUACCAUGUGAAUUUACCCGCAACCAGGGAGAUGAUGAUCGGGUUGAUGGUGGAGAAUGUGAAGAAGUGGUGUCCGGAUCAUCAGCCUACGUGGACUAUGUUGGGGAUUGAGGCGUUGCCGUUUGAGGGGCAGAAUUUGGAGGUGGAGGUUGAUGUUUAUUUGGGGGAUUAGAUUAUUACAUGGCUGGGUUGGAUAGCCUACAGAGAAAGAAGACAUGACUCUAUAUAUAAAAUCAAAGCCAAAUAUGAAAUAGUAGACUAUGA